AUGACAGCCGCAUCGAGUGACCCCUUUCGCCAGGUCCUCAAGGACCUGGCCCUUAUUGCGCUUAGCUUCGCCUUCUUGCCCUUAAACACAGCUCUGCUGUUCGCGUGCUAUGCGUGGCAGCGCCUGCAUCCCAGUCGGGUUUCCGGGGCAUCCGGUCCUACAGAUCGACCUCAGCCGCAGCACCGACGGACCAUCCUCGUCACCGGCGUCGGUAUGACAAAGGGCCUCGUCCUGGCACGACUGUUCCACCAAGCCGGUCACCGCGUGAUUGGCGCCGACUUCUCCCCUCACGCCUGCGGCAGCAGGUCCCGCGCCCUGUCCGCCUACCACGUCCUCCAGAAGCCCGGCCGCGGCAGUUCCGCCCCUUAUCUUGACUCGGUGCUCAAGAUCGUCGACAAGGAAAAGGUCGACCUUUGGGUCAGCUGCUCGGGCGUCGGCUCCGCCGUCGAGGACGGCAUCGUCAAGGAGGUCCUCGAGGCCCGCACCAGCUGCAGGGCCGUGCAGUUCGACGUUGCGCGGACCAGGAUUCUGCACGAAAAGGACUCCUUCAUGGAAUACACCCGGGAGACCGGGCUGCACGUGCCAGAGUCGUACCUCGUCACCAGCCGCAACGAGAUGAUUGCUGCGCUCGAAGGCGCUGCAGGGCUGUCGUACGACCCCAACAAGGAGGCUGCCAAACCACAGAAGGAGAGGAAGCCGCGCUUCAUUGCGAAGUCGGUGGGCGUCAACGAUCGAGGCCGUGGCGAUAUGACGCUGUUGCCGCUGCCGACGGAGAAGCAGACGUAUGACCACAUCUACCACCUCGAGUGGCUGGGCCUGUCGGACAAGGAGCCCUGGCUUCUGCAGGAGUUCAUUGACGGGCACGAGUUCUGCACGCACUCGCUCGUGGUGCGCGGCGAGGUGCGGGCCUUUGUGGCGUGUCGCUCGGCGGAGCUGCUGAUGCACUAUGUCGCGCUGCCGCCGGACUCGUCGCUGUCGCAGGCGAUGCUCGAGUUCACGAGGAAGCAGGCCGCGUCGUUCGGGGAGCGGUUCACGGGGCAUUUGAGCUUCGACUUCAUGGUGACCGAUACCGAUGUGGCCAUGGCUAAGAUGAGCAGCCCCGAGCAGCUGGAACUGUACCCCAUUGAGUGCAACCCGCGAGCGCACACGGCCGUCGCGCUUUUUGAAAAUACGCCAGACUUGGUAGCGCAGUAUCUCGCCGUCCUUGACGGCGAUCAGUCUUCGAACGGCUCGGAAGCUGAGGUGGUGACGCCGCGGCGCCCGGCCAAGUACUACUGGAUUGGCCACGACCUCUUCACACUCUUCCUGCUCCCCACGGCGCGGCUGCUGCUCUUCCGGAUGUCAUUGGCAGCCUACGGGCGCUCGGUGUGGGCAUUUGUAGAGCACGUCUUGUUCUGGAAGGACGGCACGUUUGAGCUUUGGGAUCCGCUGCCGGCGUGGUGGCUGUAUCACGUCUACUGGCCCAUGGUGUUCUGGGACUGCAUCGUCAAUAGGAGGAGCUGGAGCCGCAUCAACGUCAGCACGACCAAGAUGUUUGAGUGUGACUAA